AAUCAUAGAAGUGGCAUCCCAGAAGAUCAAGUUACAGAUCUGGGACACAGCUGGUCAAGAAAGAUUCAGGGCGGUGACACGAAGCUACUAUCGGGGAGCUGCAGGGGCACUCAUGGUCUAUGAUAUAACAAGACGAAGCACCUACAACCAUCUAAGUAGCUGGCUGACUGAUGCUCGCAAUCUCACCAAUCCAAAUACAGUGAUAUUCUUGAUUGGCAACAAGUGUGACCUGGAUGCACAAAGAGAUGUAACCUAUGAGGAGGCCAAACAGUUUGCUGAAGAAAAUGGUCUCAUGUUCCUUGAGUGCAGUGCCAAAACAGGUGAAAAUGUAGAAGACGCCUUUUUGGAUACAGCAAAGAAAAUUUAUCAAAACAUCCAGGAUGGCAGUUUGGAUCUGAAUGCUGCUGAGUCGGGCGUACAGCACAAGCCGGCCACACCUCGGAACCCUAUAAACACAGACCAACCUCCAAAUAAAGAGGGCUGUGCUUGCUAG